AUGGAGACUAGUUCCCAGAGAAUCAAACAUGGUUUUACUGAGGUCAUAAACCGAGAAAUGGGUAUCUCUCCCCCCAAAAGCUUUUCCCCACUCUCAACUGCUGAGCUUAUGGUAGAAAAAAUCAACCUUUAUGGGGAGCUAAAUGGCCAUGAGGAAUGUGUGAACACUGUAGAAUUCAACUCCAUUGGUCACCUCCUGGUAUCAGGUUCGGAUGACAAACAUGUUAUGUUAUGGAACUGGGCAACUAAAAGCAAAACGCUUUCGUAUGCUUCUGGAUACUUGGACAACAUACUUCAGGCCCGAAUUAUGCACUUCACAGAUGAUAAGUAGAUGGUCACCUCUUCUACUGAUGGCCAGGUAAGGCUUGGCGAGAUUUUGGAGAAUGGUCAAGUUAGAUCAAGAAAGUUGGGAGAACACCAAGGUCGCGUGCACAAUCUUGCUGUGGAUCCAGGAAGUCCUCACAUAUUCUAUACCUGUGGUGAAGAUGGCUUAGUUCAGCACUUUGAUCUGUGAAGUAGCUCCGCAACAAAGCUAUUCCAUUGCUUCUCAUUCGAAGAAACUAACAGGCAGGCACAGCCUUUAAAAAUAAGUCUAAAUUCCAUUGUAAUUGAUCCAAGGAAUCCAAAUUACUUUGCUCUGGGAGGUUCUGAUGAAUAUGCCCGCAUCUAUGAUAUCAGAAGGUGUCAGCUGGAUGCAUCGAAUAUUUCAGACUCACCAGUGAACGUGUUUUGCCCCCGUCACCUGGUUGACUCUAUAGAUGUUCAUGUCACAGGAUUAACUUAUUCUACCACAAGUGAACUACUUAUCUCUGACAGUGAUGAGCUGAUUUAUUUAUUCCAAAAGAACAUGGGGCUGGGGGGCCUCUCCCCCUUAUCUCUCAAUGCUGAAGCUCGGCAGGAGCCACAGAUUUAUGUGGGUCACGAAAAUUGGCAGACAGUCAAAGGAGUGAGGGUUUUUGGGCCCAAUGAUGAAUAUGUGAUGAGUGCUUCUGAUUGUGGCCAUAUAUUUAUUUGGAAGAAGAGGGAUGCUAAACUGGUUCGUUUAAUGGUAGGCGUUCGACAUGUAGAAAAUCAUCUCGAGCCCCAUCCCUAUAGGCCUUUUUUAGCCACUUGUUGACUUGAUAAGAAUGUGGAACUCUGGGCUCCCAUGGCAAGUGAUGCUCCUGCACUGCCUAACAACCUGGUAAAGAUUAUGGAGUUUAACAGGCAGCGUAGAGCAGACCAUCCACGGGUUAGUUCUGAUGUUUUAAUGCAUGUUUCCCACGUGCAGAGGUGGCAAACGUUUUUUGAAAGGAGGUACAGUAGAGCUGAUCUUAACAGUGACGAAGAUGGAGGGGAAGAUUAUAAUUCACUGCUCGUAAAUGGCAGUGCCUUUUCUGAAGACGAUUCUUCAGAGAACUAAGGAAAGGGCAAGAUCAGCUAAGGUCUUGUAACUUACAAGACCAACGUGAUAUGGAAUCGGAUAUCGAUCUUUCAAGUUCUGAUCAUAUCAUCAUUCGGGUGAUCCUUUGUUUUUUUUGUGGUUUUUUUUUUUUAAUAAUGUUCAUACAAGAGCUAACUCUGAUGAAAUCUUCGCUUCUAGAAUGGAGUGGGCUCUGGAAACUGUUAGUGUAAAAUAACGCUUUAAACAGAGGAUAUGAAAGAAUAAGAGAAGAGAGAAAAGAU